UUGCAUUGCCCGAAUUCCGAUUCGAAGAUUGUCGUUGACUUCUUUACUACACCCAUGUCAACAAGGCUGCCUGCACCAGAGCAAGUCGAUACGGCCAAACCCUCCCGGUUGAAGUCCUCCCGACCUCUCGCCUGCGUACCCUGCCAGCAGCGAAAGGUGAGAUGUGACCGCAGAUCACCCUGCACAAACUGCAUCAAGAACAAGGCGCAAUGUAUGCCGGCCACACAGGCCCGUCGGCGAAAACGCUUUCCGGAGAGAGCCCUCUUGGAUCGCCUCCGGAAGUAUGAGUCCUUGCUCCGCCAGAACAAUGUCAAAUUCGCACCGCUUCAUCGAGACCCCCUCGCUCCCGAAAGCAGUCAUGAUUCAGAUCAUGAACAACAAGAUGCCAGUGACACACAUUUGCCAUAUUCCGGGGUUCCAUCGGAGCCUAAGAAGACAUACGAGGCCAAAAACAUAUGGCUCGCAAUGAAUUCAGGGCUUCGAGACAGCAGCAACGAGAUGACAGUCAGAAAGGCUUGGGACCAAGGGUCUCACGAUGACGACCACCUUCUAUUUUGUAGAAUGACGGCUAUUGAUAUCUCUACUUUUCACCCAGAGCCUGUUCAUAUUUUUCGGCUAUGGCAGGUCUACCUCGAAAAUGUCGAUCCUUUACUCAAGGUCACGCAUACUCCAAGUCUUCAGGGGCGCAUUAUCGACGCCGCCGGCAACCUCUCGAACAUCAACCCUGUACUCGAGGCGCUUAUUUUCGGCAUAUACUGCAUGGCUAUACUAAGUCUAUCCGUAGAUGACUGUCAGAGCUUGUUUGGUUCGCCAAAAAAAGACCUUCUGUCCAAGUUCCAAUUUGGUUGUCAGCAGGCUCUAUCGAACUGCGGGUUCCUAAGGUCUAGUGAUCGCGACGCUUUAACGGCAUUCUACCUGUAUCUGGUUUCAUCCUUCUCUGAUAGAAAUACUCGGUCUCUCUCUUCUAUGCUUGCCAUUGCGAUCCGCAUAGCUCAACGCAUGGGAAUACAUAACGAAGCGACUCUAGCUAAAUGUACUGUUUUCGAGGCUGAAAUGCGCCGGCGGCUAUGGUGGUCGCUCGUGCUCUUUGACUCUCGCAUUGGCGAGUUGACGGAAUACAGUAUCACCAUGCUAGUUCCUACAUGGGACUGCAGGGUCCCUCUCAAUAUCAGCGAUUCGGACCUUCGAACAGAGAUGAAAGAGCCUCCAGUAGCCCGGGGACAAGCCAGCGAGGCCAUCUAUGCCGUUGUACGCAGUGAACUUGGAGAUUUUAUCCGCCACGCACCAUUCCAUCUCGAUUUCAAUAACCCGGCAUUGAAGCCCAUUGCCAAGGAUUUGCCAGGUGGAGGCGAUAUUGCCGCUCUGGAGAAGAUAAUCGAGAAUAAAUAUCUCGAAGCUUGUGACCCCCAAAAUCCACUUCAUUUCAUAACUAUCCAGAUGAUGCGAGCCCACCUCGCCAGAUACCACCUCGUCGAACACUAUUGGAGAUAUUCUAAUUCGUCUUCGCGGCCUAAAGAGUCGCAGCGCAAUGCUGCUAUGCCUCAUGCCUUGAGCAUGCUUGAGUGCGACACGAAGAUCAUGACGUCCCAUCUGACCAAACGAUUCCAUUGGGCUUUGCAUUCGAACUUCCCGUUCUUCGCAUACAUCUAUAUUCUUCAACGCCUGAAGGAACGCCCCAUCAACCAACAAGCCGAACAGGCCUGGGAAGUAAUGAGUGACAACUACGAGGCUCGAUUCGGCUCCUUAGAUGUAGUCGGCAAUCCCCUCUUCCGAACUUUUAUUCAAGUUGUGCUACCCGCCUGGGAAAUCUUCGAGGCUGCUUUCAAGCGGCCUGGGGAAACACUGCCUCCACCAAGAAUCGUGUCAGGUAUCAGACAGAAGUUGACGGAGAUGUCAGGAGACACAGAAUCCUCCGGCACGGAUCAACAUAACUCUCUGAUGACUGGGCUGAAGGAUCUUUUCACGUCCGUGCCGAUGGGCUCUACUGACUCCAGCCUAUCGUAUACCAUGGAUCACCAAGACAAUUUGGGACCAAUGGGAUUGUUUCCAGAUAUGUCGGCGCAAGCUUGGCUGCCGGAUACUAUGGACCAGUUCAGCUGGGCUUCAGCCGAGUGGGCGUUGGGUUAGCGUGGUAGCGGAAUAUUUGCAUCUAUAUAUGUAACCACCCACGUUAGGCGACUGAUUUGAUCUUGUUCGGAUUACAUAUAUUUCACUGUCCGAAUUAAUGACAACGAUGGUAUCAACGACUGCAAGAACUUUUUGCAGAAAUCAAUGAUUUUAGCUGAAAAUAAUCUGGAUUGAGCUUCCAUGAGAAGAUUCUCCUCGACAAUAGUGCAGUGGCAGCCAUACUUGCCACGCAAAUUUCUCACUACAGACUUCAACGGCCUACAACAUCUCUACAUAAUACGCGUAAAUCACUGACAAUAUUUCAU